AUGUUUUACUUCUCAUCUUUCCUGCUGUUAGGACCGAUUGGUGGGGCUUUGGCCGCCAUCGGUCCUGUCACUGACUUGCAUAUCGUGAACUCGUUCAUUCAACCUGACGGCUUCAACCGCUCUGGUGUCCUUGCUGAGGGCGUCUUUCCUGGACCACUCAUCACGGGUAACAAAGGCGACAAUUUCCAGAUCAAUGUGAUUGAUGAGCUCACUAACGGAACGAUGCUCUUGAGCACUUCGAUUCAUUGGCACGGCCUUUUUCAGAAAACAACCAACUGGGCAGACGGAGCAUUUGUGAAUCAAUGUCCUAUCGCCGCGAAUGAUUCCUUCCUGUACAAUUUCAAUGUUCCGGACCAAGCUGGGCCACUCAAUAUUGCGAUGGAUUGCGUGGACCCUUGGUGGUGUAUGACCCCCAAGAUCCAUACGUUGACCUAUACGACGUUGAUGAUGAUUCAACUGUCAUCACACUCGCUGACUGACGUUCCCGCCCCUCAAGCUGGCGCUGUUCCGACCUCGGACGCUACUCUCAUCAAUGGCCUAGGACGAUCCGUCAACGGUCCAGCCGAUGCACCCUUUGCUGUAGUCAACGUCGUGCAGGGUAGUCGCUAUCGUUUUCGUUUGGUGUCGAUAUCUUGUGAUCCGAACUUCUUGUUUUCGAUUGACGGGCACACCUUUACUGUCAUUGAAGCUGAUGGUGUUAAUCAUGAACCCAUUGUCGCUGAUUCCAUCCAGAUUUUCGCUGCUCAACGAUACUCGUUCAUUCUCACUGCAAAUCAAACUGCUGAUAAUUAUUGGAUUCGUGCCAAUCCUAACAACGGACAUACCGGCUUCGCUGGGGGUAUAAACAGCGCGAUUCUGCGUUAUUCUGGCGCCCCUGUUGCUGAUCCGGUCACUACCCAGACUUCUGCCAACCUUUUACAGGAAACAAGCCUUGUGCCGCGUGAAAAUCCCGGUGCUCCUGGAAAUGCAACUGCCAACGGCGUAAAUGUUGACUUGAAUCUGGUCUUAUCAUUUGUUGGAGGACGGUUCGAGAUUAACGGGGUAUCCUUUGUACCCCCUACAGUCUCUGUCUUACUUCAAAUUCUCAGCGGAGCCACUACAGCAGCCGAACUUCUACCCAGUGGCUCUGUUUACACAUUGCCCUUGAAUUCGGUCAUCCAGUUGAGCUUUAAUACGGUUGCAGUUGCAGCCGUUGGAGGUCCUCAUCCGUUCCAUCUUCACGGGCACACAUUUGACGUGGUCCGAAGUGCCGGAAGUACCGAGUAUAACUAUAUCAACCCUCCGCGCAGGGAUGUCGUCUCUACUGGUGCAGCUACUGACAAUGUAACCAUUCGUUUUACUACUGAUAAUGCUGGACCAUGGUUCCUUCACUGUCACAUAGACUGGCAUCUGGAAGCUGGUUUUGCCAUUGUUUUUGCUGAGGAUGCCCCGGACGUCGCCGCCGUUAAUCCCGUCCCCGACGCUUGGAAUCAACUUUGCCCAACUUAUGAUGCUUUGACCCCUGCACAACUUGGUGGAAAUUAA